UCUCGUCAUGUCAACAAAAGUCUGUUAAUAUUCCGAUGGCUUUUUAUCCGUCGUCAGCUGAUACAGAUGAUUCUUUUGAUUUUCUUUUUAAAAUUGUGUUAAUAGGUGAUGCAGGAGUUGGAAAAACAUGUGUAGUGCAGCGUUUUAAGUCAGGAACAUACGUUGAAAAGCAUGGGAGUACCAUAGGUGUUGAUUUCACAAUGAAAACACUAAAAGUUGAUGGGAAAUUAGUGAAGCUUCAAAUCUGGGAUACUGCUGGACAAGAGAGAUUUCGAACUAUCACACAAAGCUACUACAGAAGUGCCAAUGGUGUUAUAUUAGCUUAUGACAUUACAAGAAGAGAAUCUUAUGAAGAUCUACCUCGAUGGUUAGAAGAUGUCAAAAGAUAUGCUGGUGGUAGUAUUGUACAGUGUUUGAUAGGUAACAAAAGAGAUUUGGAAAAUUUAAGAGAGGUGAAUAUUUCUGAAGCUAAAAAUUUUGCUCAACAACAUAACAUGAUUGAUGUUAUAGAAACAAGUGCUAAGGAAAAUACAAAUGUGGAACAAGUUUUUCUAGAAAUGGCUACAGAAUUAAAGAGAAGAAUUGGUGGAGAUUCAGGUUUGGCCAGUUCAAAGUCUGGUGGAAUUAGUCUCAAUACCCAAACAGUUGGUGGAGGUGGUUCAUCUUGUUGUUAAUAGCUUUACAGAAUGUUUAUUGUUAUUUUCUAUUAUAUCAUGUUGAUUGUGCAUAUGAAGAUUGACUGUAUAAACAUAAUUAGUUUAACAUGGAAGAAUAUCAGAUGUGUAUGCAUGGAGGAACAAUAGUUUUUCUUUACAAAUCUUUGAAGUCAAUUUUUUCCCAGAAUGGGACCAUGAGUGUAAUUGGUGUCAGAUGUUAUGUUGUUGUGAUGUCUUCUUAUCAUAUAGGGUUAAUUGUUUGUAGUUGUACUGUUAAAAAAGUUGUUUAACUUUAUACUAGAACAGAUGAUAAAGAAAUCGCUAGGUUUUUGUUAAAAAAACAUUAUUGAAAUCUAAUCAUUUGAUUUAAUAUUACUAGUUUGUAUUCUGGUCCUUUUGUUAUGGUAAGAAUUACCAGAGUACUGUAAAAUAUUUAUUUUUGCAAUUUCUAGAUCCUGACCUGUUUGCUAGGUUUCAUUUUUGUGUGUUUUGUUCCAGUCUCUUAUCUUCCAUAAAAAGGGUGGGAUUGAGGGAUUAUUUUCGUUUAUCUUAUCUUAUCAUUGAAAUUAGCGAAAAAUAAACAACUAACGAAAUUUCGCAGUGACACUUUACAGUAGCUUCAGUCAGUAAAAAAUUUGGAUGAGUAGAUUAGUCAGUAACAGGUUGGCAGAUAAUUUGAUAGUGCAGAUGAAAUGGAAAUCACUAGAACAUGUAUUAAUAACUGGACAUGCUACUUUUUUUUUCAUGAAAAUGAUCAUGAAAAGUCCAACUACAGUAUCAAACGCCCUGUUAUAUACAUUGUAAUUUGAUCCAGUCAAACCUGCCUUAAUGGUCACCUCAUAUUAGUGGUCACCUGCCUCUCACGGUCAUUUUCAGACCCUCCCAAACAUUUUCUCUAUGUAAUUUUACUCUUUUCAGCGGUCACCUAAUUUUCACACAAAAUCGUCAUUUCAACUUUUAACAAUGGUCAUUUUCAGUUUUUUAACAAUCAAAAUGUAAUCAUGACAAAAAAAUAUGUGUUCAGUAUCGAGGCCAAAAUGAAAAUCGGAACCUGUUUGCAACGGAGGUCUCGAGAAUAGGAGGUGAAUUUGAGAAUUUCUUGUGUUCUACUCCUUUCAUGUUCAAUUAAAAACCAUGUCAUGGACUUAUUUCUCCAUGAAUAUUAACUAUUUCAAAUGUUUAUUCACAUUUAGAGUGCUGGAAUUCUCCAUUGUUUAUUUGUCUGCUCACACGAAAGAUAACUCUAUCGAUGGAAAACACUAAAAUAAUUUCCCUGGUAAGGGGAACGUCCAAAGUCAGAAUGAGAAUUUUCUUUUGGAACCUCAUUUAAAAGGUCACAUCUCUUGAGCGGUCACUUUUGAUACUUUCCAUGAGUGACUACUUAAUACAGGUUUGACUGUACUUUCAAUAGUAUUUUCAAACUUGGUUUAAGUAGAAAAAAGGCUUCUUAACUACAUAGGCAAGCUAUUAUGAUUAAGAAUUCCCAAAAUUCCAGAUUUAGUCAAGAAUCUAUGGAUGUUGUGUUAAACUCUUUUAGGGCAACAAGAUCUGUGGAUGAGUAAUAUUUUUUGUGAGAAUGACAUUACAGUCUAUUUAAUAAAUAAUAGAGUUUUUAAAAUUCUGUUAUUUUUCUGAGCUGCAGAGAGAACCUAAGGCAUACCUUAAACUCCAAAACUACAAUUUAUAUGAUUUUAGGAUUUAUAUUUGGAAAUAUUUGCCAAAAUUGAUUAUAGCAGAAAAAACAAUGUAUCAAAAGAUAACUUAGAAAUUAUUUCACCAAGAACAAUUUGGUUUUUUCGAUUAUAGUAUAUUUAAACAGUCAAAAAAAAUUGUUGUCAGUGUUGGGAUAACCAUGUUUACAGAAUAGUUUUGUAUUGAGAUGUACAAAAUGAAGUUAGCUUUUGAUAAAUGUUUGUUGUUUAUCAUGAUUAGAUUUUUUAUUCAAAGUAAUUAAUUUAAUAUAAGUACCAACGUUAACUGAAUAUAGUCUUUUUACAUUGUAUAGUAUUUUAAAAGACAUAUACUAUCUGUUGUUUUUGGCUGUCAAACAAAAGUGCAAUAUUGUUCCAUAAUAUAUAUGAAUAAAAUAUAUUUAUGUAUUGAUAUUAAGCAUUUUCAAAAUAUAUUUUUACUGAAUGUGCUAGAUGGUUGUGUAUUUAUAACUAAAGGAAAUUAUGCUAGAGUUAAACUGUUACAUAUGUGUUUAAAUGUAAGGUUGUUUUGGUUAGUCUGAUUUUUAGAUUGAAAGUUAUUUUUGCUGAACUUUACUAAAUUGUAUGUGAAAACAGUUGAACUGUUAUUUUUGUGUUCUCUUAAAAAGCUAUAUUAUCUAGCCUACCAGAACAUGGUAAGGGACUGUUAGAUUUUAUAUUUAUAUCAGGAUAAAUGAAAUAAAUAUGUUAUCAACUAUAAUCAUUAUUUUUUUCUUUAUCAUUAUUGAUGCUUGUGUACAAGUGUGAGAAUAAAAAUGUAUUACUGUA